UCAAACGACGUCGCUCAGCUGCCUUAAUCAUAUUAGUCUUAACUUGUAUCUUUUUAACAUCCUCUCAAACAUGCAAAUUAAAAUGCCCUUACCUUCUAUUUCACUCAAGCUAAAAGGAAAAACAAAGCCUUUCCGACCAAAAAAAGAAGCAAAGCUUUAAUGAGCAGCUAUGCCCUCUUUCCACGCAAUACGAAUUGCUGCUGCCAUCUCCAUCCUCAUCUUUCUCAGGGAAUCAACGGCUAGGGAGCUACGCCCCUCCGAUCACGGUUUGGGGUACCAAAGCCAGCCGACGGUGGGGCUGAACUCAUCGGACACGAUGUCCUUUUUCGGAGCAACAUCCAAUUCGUGCUCAUCAUCCACGCCGUCUACGAUGGCGUUUCCCAAGGCCACGACUUCCAACGACACCUCGUGGUGGGAUGCUGGUGGCAAUCGGCGGGGAAGUGAUCACGUGAGACAGGUUCUGCUGUUGGGGAGCUUGGUUUGUGGGGUCACGGGUCUGGCUUUGUUGGCUGCGUCUGCUUUGGUUUAUUGUAUUAAAAUUAGAUCAUCCCCUUCCACACAUUCUACUAAUAACACCAACAAUAUUAAUAGUUUAGUCUCGAGUAUUAGUAAGUGAUUUUGAAGUUGAAGCAUUGGGCUAUAUUUCUAUUACUAUUACCUCAUUUUAGUUUUUGGAUCUUUCUAUUUAAGAUGGAUGAUUUAAAGUAGUUAAAGAAA